AAAUGGCGUCUUAUGAAAUAAAAUUAUUUUAUUCAAAGAGAAAAUCAUCAGUUUACAUGUUGACAGUCAUUUUUUAAACGAUUAUUCAACAACAUUUAAAGUAAAAUGGUGAAAGACAAAAUCGUUGAAACGCUUAAAGCGUAUAAACUUGCUCAUCAAGUGCUUUGUGUCAAAGCUUUCAAUUUUCAUGGGAAAUCACUCAUAGGUUAUGUUGAACUGACAAUAUAUCCACUUCGUGCUGAUUUAAAGAGGAUCAAAAUCAACAGUAAACAGUGCCGGAUAUAUAGAGUAUUAGUUAAUGAUACAUGGGAGUCACAGUUCUGGUAUAAUGAUCCUACCCUAGAGGCUGUACAAGAUGAAGAAAAGGCCAGACAGUGUAGUUUGGAAGCAUAUGAGAAGUGUUAUAAUGCUGCUGUAAAGUCAACUAACCCUGAUCUUGGUAAUGGUGAAGUUACAAUACGUAUACCACAGGAAUGCUUACCUCUUAUUGCUGAGAUGAGGCCAUUCAGGAUAAAUAUAGAAUUUUCCCUGGAGCAGCCAGAAGGUGGUUUACAUUUUGUUUUACCAAAUAUAGAUGGUACACUAGCAGAGAGAGGGGCUCAUUGUUUUACAUAUAGACAUGAAAAUAGUUCAAGGUUGUGGUUCCCUUGUAUAGACAGUUAUGCGGAGCCCUGCACAUGGAAGCUGGAGUUUACCUGUGACCUUGACAUGACAGCAGUGUCAUGUGGUGACCUUUUAGAGGUCAUAUAUACAACAGAUAAGAGGGCAAAAACAUUUCAUUAUUAUCUGAGUACUCCAACAUCAGCUCCUAAUAUAGCUCUAGCUGUAGGACCAUUUGAGAUUCUGGUUGACCCAAACAUGCAUGAAGUUACACAUUUCUGUUUACCUCAUUUAAAAGGUAUCCUCAAACAUACCACCAGUUACCUACAUGAGAGUUUUGAGUUUUAUGAAGAGUUGAUGUCUAGUCGUUAUCCAUUCUCGUGUUAUAAACAAGUUUUUGUUGAUGAGAGCUAUGAAGAUAUGCAGUCAUUCUCAACUAUGACAAUAUUCAGUACAAAUUUACUACACUCUGCACGGAUCAUUGAGCAGACAAUAAUAACGAGGAAGUUUAUGGCGUCUGGUAUAGCUCACCAGUUCUUUGGUUGUUUUAUUGUGAUGCAGUGCUGGUUUGAUGCCUGGUUAACUAAAGGUAUAGCUGCAUACCUAACACAAUUGUUUGUGAAGAAAACAUUUGGUAACAAUGAAUACAGACAUGGUAUUGCUCAGUAUUUGAAGGAGGUACAGGAGUAUGAAGGUCAGUGUGGGGGUAUUGUAUUAGAUCCAUCUACAGGUCAGAACAACCAAUAUUUCUCUUGUUUCCAACCACACACAAUGUCACCUACAUAUCUAGAUAUGUACAACAAGAAAUCUAUGCUUAUAUUACGUAUGUUAGAGGCAAGAAUUGGAGCAACACUUUUACUACAGGUAUUGAACAAGUUACAAGCACUGGCAUAUACAGCGUCACAACAGAAGUUUGUUUCUAAUUCCUGGUCAAAUAUGCUGCUGUCUACAAACUCUUUUUUGAAGAUAAUUUCCACUGUAACAGGAAAAGAUAUUCAACCUUUUAUAGACCAAUGGAUAUAUCAAAGUGGAUGUGCCAGGUUUAUUGGAAAUUUUGUCUUCAACAGGAAGAGAAAUGUUGUAGAACUUGAAAUAAAACAAGACCAUACAGCUAAAGGUUCCCUCAAAUAUGUGGGACCUCUAGAGGUGACCAUACAAGAAUUAGAUGGCUCAUUCAAUCAUACAUUUAACAUAGAAGAGAACAAGACAAAAUUUGAAAUAACUUGUCAUUCUAAAAGUAGAAGGAAUAAGAAGAAGAAGAUUCCAUUAAUGACUGGAGAGGAGGUUGAUAUGGAUCUUAGUGCCAUGGAUGCUGACUCACCGGUAUUAUGGUUACGUGUAGAUAAAGAUAUGAACUUGUUACGUAGUGUACAGUGGGAACAGCCAGAUUAUAUGUGGCAAUAUCAGCUGAAAUAUGAGAGAGAUGUAGUAGCUCAGAGUGAGGCAAUCCAAGCAUUACGACUGUUUGCUACACCAGCUACAAGAAAAGCUUUGACGGAUGUAUUGGAGUGUGAACAGAGUUAUUAUAAAGUGAGGAUAGAAUCCAGUAUGUGUCUAGCUAAGGUAGCUAACACAAUGGUUACAUCCUGGGCUGGUCCACCAGCUAUGUUGAACAUAUUCAGGAAAAUGUUUGGCUCACACUCUUGUCCUAGCAUUGUUAGACAGAAUAACUUCAGCAACUUCCAGCAAUAUUUUAUACUGAAGGCAAUCCCCAUGGCGAUGGCACAGUUAAGAAACAUGCACAACAUCUGUCCACCAGAGGUUGUUAGAUUUCUACUGGAUCUUUUCAAAUAUAAUGACAACAGUAAAAAUAAGUAUUCAGACAAUUACUAUAGAGCAGCAUUAGUUGAUGCCCUGGCAGCUACAGUAACACCUGCUGUAACCACGGUUACCAUUACUGGUCAAAGUGUUAAUUCUGACUUAUCAUCGGACACUAAGGCUAUAUUAGAUGAGAUAACACGAUGUCUGAAUGUGGAGAAAUUACUGUCAUGUUACAGGCAUACUGUCACUGUCAGGAAAGGCGGUAAAACCAGAGAAACAAUCUCUGAUGUGAAUGUGUCAGAACUGUACUGGUUACUGGAAGUGGUUGAAAAAGACCCAGACAUAUAUGUCAGUUAUGAGACAAUACAAAUGUUAAGUAAUAACCCACCAUUUAAAAGAGGAGAGGACAGUCUACUGAACACUGAAGCUCUUGUUAACAGACUCUGGAAACUUAUCAAUUGUACAUUGUCACAUGAUGCCAAGUUACGAUGUGGAGUUGCUGAUUUUUACUUCGCUAUGUUUGGACGAUACAGACCAGCCUGUCUACAUGUUCCAGAUAGUUUUAUUGUGUUCAACAUGAACGAGAAGAAGAAACCUGCCAUGAUAAAUCCGGCCAUAGUAUCAGAACAAAUGACUGAUAUGUUUGAGGAGGAUGAGGACGACUUGCCAUCUAUGAUCUCAACACAUGUGCCUACACCUGUAAUACCCAAAGAUGAGUCAAUUAUUGUGGAUGUAGAAAGUAACAGCCCUAUAAAGGAACCUAUCAGACCUAUGAUAGAGAAACCUACCAGUAUACCAGCCUUCAUGGGUAUGCACAGUAGGUCCGAAUCUCCUCAGGCACCAUUGUUCCCCCAGGGUAUUAAACGUAGGGCAGAGUCCCCACCUCCUGCUCCCCCACCAAAACUUCCCACACUGGUUAAACAGGAGAGUGCUAGUGGGGAGGACAGCAAUUCAUUCAAGCUGAAAAUUAAGCUUGGGAACCGUAACAGCGUGGAGGACAGGAACCAGUACAUCUCACAACCAUCUGUAACCAUGGUAACUAACAGUGAACUACUACCACCAGUAUUAUACCCAGAAUUCCUUAGAUUUGCACGGAUACCAGAGGAGCCAAGCCAGACAUCUAGACCAACCAAGUCGGAGAUUCCAAACUUAUCAGUACUGGGUGGAGACAGCCAGAGCCGGCUAAGUGAAGACUCGAACUCCUCACAGGAAGAUUCCUCCUUGUCUAGACCAGUACCACUUACAGGAAAGACAGAGGGACCAACAUCAUUUCAUGGUAUAUUUUCAUCUAGCAGUAGUACUGUACCUACUGUAUCAGACUCGGUUACCAUAGCAACUACAGAAACUGACCCUAAUAAACAUCAUAAACUGAAAAAGAAGAAGAAGAAAAACAAGCAUAAACACAAGCACAAACAUAAACAUGACAGACAUGAGAAGGAUCGAACCCGGGACAGUAAGGACAGAUUUAGUGUGACUGGGGUGUCCAGUCCCAUGGUGCCAUCUGUACAGUCUGUGACCUCUAUGUCAUCUAUAGAUAAUACCAGAGACUCAGCACCUAGUUCCCCGGAGUUUGAAGUUAUUUGAAGUGUUGCAUAGUGAUACUGUAACAGUCUUAAUUUUAAUGCAACUACUGUUCUACAUAGAAUAAUGAACAACUGAUGUCCGUAGCAGCUUGUCGAGCACAAGGCUUCUUUUCCAUUCAUGAAUGAAUACACAGGUUUAACAGUAUUUAAUGCUUGUGUCUAUAAUGAAUUAUGUCAUCAGUAAAGAGACAGGCCUGGUUGCAUUUUAUGUGAGACUCUUGCCUAUCAAAGUUCCUUAAAUUAAUGAAAUGUUCUUAAUUUAGAAUAAGAUCAGUUCAUUUCGCAAAUUAAUUAUGGUUAGGGUAAAUCUACUUGAAGUAGAUUCAUGUAUCAAUUUUGAGUUUGUUGUUUGCACAUUUCAAGAAGUAUAAUCAUGAAAAGCCCAUUAGGCCUUUGUGUUUAAUUACAAAGCAUUUGAACAAUAAAUCAUGCACUACAAGGCAAGAAAAAGUGAUGAUUAUAUUUCAAUUUUCACAUGUUAAUAAAAAGAAUAUGAUAUGUUGAACUACAUAAUAAGUAACUUUGAUCAGAGAUGCUAUUUUUGUAAUGUAAUUUUACGUCACGUCAAAAUAUAUGCAAGGCCGUGCAAUACC